AUGGACGAAACAACAAAAUUGGUCGUAAUGAUGGAAACUAGUGAUGACCCUGUGGUGUACUACCACACAGGUUAUUCAUCUGUUACUCCCGAAGCUGUGAUGGAUGAUUCGUUUGAUCCAAAGACUUUGAUUCCAAGCAAACACACAAGAAAAAGAAGAAAAAGGCACAAAAUCAUUAUUCCCGGAUUUGAGGAAGAAAGUAACUUUGAAAACAAUGAGCCAGUGUGGGCCCUUAUCACAGACAACAAUGCUACAUUUCUCUGGCCUUCUCUUUACAACAGGGAUACACGUUCAGCCCUUCCAAUAUUGCCAACAUUCAAAGCACCAAAAAUCUUAUCAGUUCAUAAGGUGAAUGCCUAUAACAAAGAGGACCUAGUUGUUCCAGAGGAUAAAAAAGAGAACUGGGGCGAGGCUGUUAAGAUUUUCUCUGACUAUUCUCUUUCAUAUAUAGUAUUGACAGCUCUUGGAAUUACUACUCAAAAUAUUCAGUCUGCCAAUAAGAAUAUGGUGGUUGUAAAUAAUAUGGUAUUGGGGGCUGGAUACAAAAACUUGGAAAAGUUCUUUCUUGCAUCUCUUAUUUGCUUGAAAGAUAUGAAUUCUCUUCACCUUGAGCAAGAUGAUUCAAUUGAUUGCUUGAAACAAGUCCUUGUGGAAAUGUUCUCAGCUAACGAGUUAAAUAUCAAUUCCCAAAACUUUUUGACAUUCACAAAAUCAUACUUCAUUGAUGACGUUCUUUCUUCAUUCAGGUAA